UAUAUAUGUGUUAGAAGUAUAAUUUCCUAUUUGAUGUUCGUAAAAUCAUAGAGAUCCAAGAAGUUUAUUUUCAUAAAAUAUUUAGUAAUGAUAAGUGGACCACAAUACGAACAACGAGUAAAAAGUGAGAAAAAUAUCGAGUUAUUUUGAAUAGAGGUUCGCCCUUGGACACAUUUGAAAAUUGUUCGACAAUCCACGGCGAGUACACCAAGCAAAACAAGUAGCUGAAUGUGAGAAGAAAGAUCAAACCAGUGUCGUAAUUGUAUAGCUUUCAUUGAUUAUCUGCUGAGCUAAUAUCACAUCAUGUUGGUAUAAAAGAAAUUUCUUACAUCGGAUGUGCAUUUGAUAUUUUUAUCAACUUACAUUGAGUAAAAGGAAGACAAUAUAUUUAUAAGGAGCAUUCAUCAAUAAAUCAACUUCUUUAUAUAAAUUCAAUCUAUGACAAACAAUGCUGAAAUAUUUCUUCUGUAAAAUGGAAUUAACAGCUACAUUUUUUCAUCUGUGCUAUCUAGAAGGUUAAUUUACCGGUUAAUUAAGCUUAGAUAACGUUACAAAGGAGUUGACAAUUUACAUUGCUGUUUUAGAUAAUAAUUAACAUCACAGAUGAAAGAAACAGCAGAAAAUUAUUCCUUGGAAAUAGUAGAUCAACUGGACACAAACUUAUUCAUAGAAAUGACAAAUUCUUCUCCUAUAAUGAAUAAUUUAACUAAACCAAAAAACCCUGAUACAGGAGAGAUGCCAUAUCACUGUAAUAUCUGUGGCAAAACAUUCUCUCAAAGGAUUUACUUGACUAAACACAAGCGUACACAUACAGGAGAGAAGCCGUAUCAUUGCAACAUCUGUGGUCAAUCGUUUUCUGAAUCUUGUAACUUGAAAACACAUAAACGUGUUCACACAGGUGAGAAGCCAUAUCACUGUAACAUUUGUGGUAAAUCAUUUUCUGUUAGAUGUAGCUUAACUACACACAAGCAUACACAUUCAGAAGAGAAGCCAUACCAUUGUGAUAUCUGUGGUAAAUCAUUCAUUAAAAAUUGUAAUUUGAAUACUCACAGAUUCAGUCAUACAGGCCUAAAGCCAUAUCACUGUGAUAUCUGUGGUAAAUCAUUCUCUGUUAGAUUUAGCUUAACUAUACACAAACAUACACAUACAGGAGAGAGGCCAUACCAUUGUGAUAUCUGUGGUAACUCAUUCUCUGAAAGACAUUCCUUAACUAAACACAGACGUACACACACAGGAGAGAAGCCAUAUCAGUGUGAUGUCUGUGGUAAAUCCUUCUCUGUUAGAUUUCACUUAACUAGACACAAACAUAUACAUACAGGAGAGAAGCCAUACCAUUGCGAUAUCUGUGGUAAAUCAUUUUCUCAAAAUGGUAGUUUGACUACUCACAAAUUCAUUCAUACAGGGCAAAAACCAUAUCACUGUGAUACCUGUGGUAAAUCAUUCACUGAAAGAUCUUCCUUAACUAAACACAGACGUACACAUACAGGAGAGAAGCCAUAUCAGUGUGAUAUCUGCGGUAAAAGCUUUUCCUACACCAGUCACUUGAAAACGCACAAACGUAUUCAUACAGGUGAGAAGCCAUAUCAUUGUGAUACCUGUGGUAAAACAUUCUCUGAAAGAUAUUCCUUAACUAAACACAGCCGUACACAUACGGGAGAGAAGCCAUAUCAGUGUGAUAUCUGUGGUAAACAAUUAUGUGAUGCCAGUUAUUUGAAAAGGCACAAACGUAUUCAUACAGGUGAGAAGCCGUAUCACUGUGAUAUCUGUGGUAAAUCAUUUUCUCAAAAUAGUAUCAUAAAUAAACACAAACGUACUCAUACAGGAGAGAAACCAUAUCAGUGUGAUAUCUGUGGUAAAUCAUUCUCUUGUAAUAGUCACUUGACUAAUCACAAACGCAUUCAUACAGGAGAGAGGCCAUAUCACUGUGAUAUCUGUGGUAAAUCAUUUCCUCAAACCAGUGCCUUGACUAGACACAAACGGACACAUACAAGAGAGAAGCCAUAUCACUGUGAUACCUGUGGUGAAUCAUUUCUGCAAAUGAGUGCCUUAACUAAACACAAACUGAUACAUACUGAAGAGAAGCCAUAACAUUGCAAAUCUGUGGUAAUUCAGUUUCUGAAAAUGGUGUUUUAACUAUACACAAACAUGUUUAUACAAGAGAGGAACUAUGUCAUGGUCAUAUCUGUGGUAACUCAUUCCCUCAUAGACCUAACUUAAACGUACAUAAAUGCAUUCCUACAUGAGCAAAGCCAUGUUAGUGUGACAUUUAUGGCAAAUCAUUUUCUCAAAAAAGCCACAUCCAUACACAUGUGGGUGUUCACCGAACAGGUCUAGCUGCAUCAGUGUCAAAGUUUAUUACAUCAACAAUUAAGACUAUUCUGUCUGCUAAAAGUCAAGGAUUUUUUUUUCCAUCAUCAGCUUUUUUACUGUCAAUGUGAACCUGAAGUUGUCGUGAUCUGUAAACAUAUCGACUCUGAAAUAACUUGAUUACUGAAUGAAUAUGCCUGCUCUUGGAUUUUGAGGAAUUUGUUAAUAAAGAAUAAGGAAUAAAAAGUUAUACUGUAACCAUUUUGUGUUUGUUUUGUUAUUCUAUAUCUAAACACUGACUCCUCUAUACCUUAAAUCUCUCAACUGGCACAAAUCACACUCCUUCAAUACUAUUUUCUCCACUGCCAAUUGUGGGAAUUUUUGUUUUGCUAGGCACUUGGUUAAUCUGUCAGUGCUGUUGUCAAAUAAAAAGCACUGGUGCUAGGAAGACAGCAGUAGUGCUGGUGCCAUGUAAAGAGAUUUUGGUGCUAGUCCCAUGGUGCUAUGUAAUGAGCACAGGUGCUGAUGCCAGGUAAAAACAACUAGCAAUUGUACCAUGUGAAAAAACUUCUACAAGUGAGGUUGCCUUUUAGAAAGCUCUGGUGAUGGUACCACACACAAUGGGAAAUUCGAGAGAGAGAAACCCUAUCGAUUAAAAUAACUAUUCUGAGCAUUCCUACUUAAACGGGUAACGUUUUGUAGUAGAAUAUAUGAAUACACUUUAUUCAAAUAACUUGGUAGAAAUUUGAAAAAACUUCAAUCUGAAGCUAUUGACGAAAUGGGACAAAUGCAGCCAGUCAGCAGAGCCAUCUAUUGGAGAAUUGGCGGAAUACAAUCAUAUAAAGGGAAAUAACCUCCACAACACUUCAACCUCGUACCAUUGGAAAUAUUAAUUACGGUGAUUAAAUUACCAGUCAUUUGAUCGUUGUUUAUAUCUGAAUACGAAUAUUACAUCAUAUUGAAAUAAAAGAAAUUACUUCAUUCAGAAAAUAAAAAUGACAGCCCCUAUUCUUACUAACGAAAUGAAAAGGCAUGCUGUAGUUGUGGCUUUGAAUGCUAAGCGUGGUGAUUUAGAAAUUUCUCGUUUUCUAAAAGUUGCAAGAUCUUUCGUUCACAAGAUUCGGUGUGAGUUAGAGAAAGAAGAUGGAAAUGUAUUACCUGUGUCAAAACGUAAAAAACAUUCCAAGCGCUCCGAUUCUAUCAGGACACCUGAAUUUAUUCAGGAAGUGAAGCAAAACAUUGAAGACAAUCCAGGAAAAUCAAUGAGGUCAAUUGCAAAAAAAUUUUGUGUGUCAGAAAAAACAAUCAGAAAUAUUGUGCAUGAAGACAUCAACUAUAAAUCUUACGUGAAGAAAGAAGAAAAGAAAGCUGUUUUAUCAGAUCCAAAAGACUUUUGAAUAUCUAAAUAUAUCAACACAAUGAUGGGUUUUAUGGUGCUGGAUUUUUGAGGAAUUUGUUAUGAGAGAAGAAAGGAAUGGGAAUAAUGAAUAAACGUUUUAAGUGACAUUGA